CGAAAGUGAUCCGUAUUUAUGUCGCAACAAUAUCAUUUGAUUCCAUAGUUGAUGCAUUUUGCAUAUCGUCAGAUUUGAAAACUGAAAUCUCCUGUGAAUUCAUCCAAAGAAUGGAUCAUCGACCAUACGACAUAACUAUCUAUGGAGCUUCUGGAUUUACUGGUCAAUAUGUAGCUGCGGAGGCUGUAAGGACAUGCAAGGAAAAGAAAAUUGCAAUUGCUGGCAGAAAAAAAGAUAAAUUGGAGAAGGUUCUAGAAUUUAUUAGGAAGGAAAUAGGUACUGAUGAUGCAUUGAAUAAUGUUGGGAUUGUUAUAGCAGAUAAUUCAAACAAUGAUUCUGUAAUGGAAAUGUGUAGACAAAGUAGAAUUGUAAUCAACUGUGUUGGUCCUUUUCGUUGGUAUGGUGAACAAGUCGUACGAUGCUGUGUUGAGGCAUCGUCAAAUUAUGUGGAUAUAAGUGGUGAACCAGAGUUUCUUCAAACUUGUCAAAUAAAGUAUCACGAGGAGGCUAAGGAAAAGGGGAUCCACAUAGUUGGUGCUUGUGGUUUUGACAGCGUUCCUGCAGAUUUUGGGCUAGAGGUUUUACGUGAUAAAUUUCCAGGUGAAUUGACUGCAGCAGAAAGUUACAUACAUUUGUAUGGUGCAGGAAAGGGAAAUUAUGGUACAUACUUAACAAUUAUUCACAGCAUCGUAACUCGUGCAAAUGUCAAAGCCCAACAGAAAGUUAUCUUUAAAGAAAAGUUGAGUUACACUGGACCCAGAUUGAAACUAAGAAAUCCUGGUUUCAGUAAUUCCGAGAAUAAAUGGUUUGUUCCAUUUUUGGGCGCUGAUGCAUCUGUAGUGAAGCGCACACAGUUGCAUGAAUCAAGCGUGCACAACAAAACACCAGUGCAGUAUGCAGCCUACAUGACAAUGGGUUCCAUACUCCACCUUGUAUGUGGAUUUUUGUUUGCAUUAGUGAUGUUCGUGUUAACAAAAUGUGCAUGGGGAAUUAAACUUCUUGAAGAUUACCCGAAAUUAUUCUCGUUUGGUGUUUUCUCCAAAGAUGGCGUCACUCCAGAAGAGCUCGCUAAAAGUGGGUUCAAAAUGGUGUUUCAUGGAAAGGGAUACAGUAAGAAGCCUGAAUCGAGCACGUCAGCUGGUCGUCCUGAUCGAAGCAUGUCAAUGAAAUUUUGUGGUCCAGAAGUUGGAUAUAUAUUUACAUCCAUUAGUCUUGUGGCUGCUGCGAGUACCAUUUUGGAUGAUUCGCUAAGAAACAGUGGUGGUGUACUCACUCCUGGGUCUGCAUUGAGAGAAACUCAGUUUUUGGAGCGAUUGACUAAACGAGGCGUUAAGAUUGAGAUAAUUUGAAUAACAGAGGCAAAUAUUUCUACUUAAAUUAUUGAUUUAUUUUGAUAUAUGUGUAAACCGUACUUAACAAAAUCUGGCAGCUUCCAAACUUCUCACCAGGGCCCAUCAUUUCUUUUAUAUUGGUUCAAGAAGUUUGUGGGUUUGGUUACUUCAAAACAAAUUAUUUUUUAUCUUUUUCUUCUUAUUCUGUGCUUUUUACAGUUCUAUUUUCUUGUAGGACGCGAUCACGUAAUAUAUAUUUCUAAUAUUGAAAA